UCUGUAUUGACGCUCGUGGACCGCGGUGAUGCUCGCUUUCUGACAAGCUCCGCAUUCCGACACACCUCCUUUGGUUCAAGAUGUUUUCUGACGCAUCUUCACGUCCAACAUCUCUUACGCAGUUUCGCCCGGCGAUUUAUAUCUUGACAGGUGUAGUUGCCGCAUACGCUAUCUUCUAUGCUCAUAGCCGUUACGUCUCUUCCCAGACUCCUCCACCUCUCCAUCGCCGCAAUGCAGUCCGUAGGAGAGGUACACGGCGGCGCGGUGGUAUCUCACUUCCCAGCGGCGAGUCGCGCGUGUCUAAUGACUUCUCAGGACCUAUACAAGCGUUGGAUCUGUUGGAAAGAUCGGGGCAAGCUUACGGGACAUUCCGAAUGCAGGUAGAUGGUGGCCGUUCUGUUGAGUGUCGCCUCAUCCCAUCACAGUUGCCAUCUGUCGAGCAGAUUCAGGAAGAGCUUGAAUCUACGCGGGAGCACGCACAGUACAUACGAUCCGUCAUCGAGAAUGCCCUACUUGAUAAUUUCCUAGCGAUGGAAUUUCGGUCGUCGCAUACUAUUCUCUUUGAAACGGGUGAGUGGCAAUAUCUGUCAACUGAGUUGCUAGAUCGUGGGCUUUCCGGGGAGAACAUCACGGCUGCCCUCACGAGAUUCAACGAGUCCGACCAAUUUGGCGAGGAGCUACGGCGGCGGAGACUGAAUGGCGAAUCAAUACGCCUCACAGGCCCCGGAACGAGCGUCCUUGACCCUCCAGUGCCGUCGCAAACUGUACAAACUUCUGAUCAAGCUGCAACAACUGUGGAUGACCAAAGCAUCUUUUCAUGGCGAGAUGGCAAUGACGAUGGCACACCCACCCGCGAGGGCCAGAACUUGCUCAACCUGCUAUACCAUAUUGCUGAGGAUCAAGCGCGGCGGGAUGGCUAUAUUCAUCGGGGAGUAACGUGCAAUAGCUGUGGGGCGAUGCCAAUUCAGGGAAUAAGAUAUCGAUGUGCCAACUGUAUUGACUACGAUCUCUGCGAAACAUGCGAGGCAAUGCAGGUUCAUAUCAAAACACAUUUAUUUUAUAAAGUCCGUAUUCCCGCUCCGUUCCUAGGUAACCCGCGACAGCCCCAGCCGGUUUGGUAUCCGGGGAAGCCGGCUAUGCUGCCGCGCAGUCUGCCACGAAAUCUCGCAAAGAGGCUUAUGAAAGAGACGAAUUUUGAGAAUACAGAGUUGGAUGCGCUAUGGGACCAGUUCCGCUGUCUGGCAAAUGUUGAGUGGGUCAAUGAUCCAAACAAGCUUAAUAUGGCGAUCGAUCGGAAAACAUUUGAUCGAUGCUUUGUGCCAAAUACGUCGAUCCGGCCUCCACCACCAAGCCUUAUAUACGAUCGGAUGUUUUCUUUCUAUGAUACCAAUGGAGAUAAUUUGAUCGGGUUUGAAGAAUUUUUGAAAGGACUGGCAAGUUUCAGUAAUAAGAGUGUUCAUGAGAGGCUUAGGCGAAUAUUUGAAGGGUAUGACAUUGACAGAGAUGGCUAUGUGGAAAGAAAGGACUUCCUUCGAAUAUUCCGCGCUUAUUAUACGCUGAGUAGAGAGUUGACUAGGGACAUGGUAGCCGGUAUGGAAGAUGACUUUUUGGAAGGCGGAACGAGAGAUAUCAUACUUGGGAGCCAGCCUAUUUCUUCUGCAUUCCCGGGCAAUAUCCCACCUGGAGAACCUUCGAGAAUUGGCGAAGGCAAGCGCACAAACUUGCAAGGCGAUAUGGAAAUUAUCGAUAAUGCCGGCGUUUUGCGAGAAGAUGGGGAUGACACAGGUGAUAGGAAUGCAAUUAUUGCGGAUGCUGCUGUUAGAGAAAGGUUUGGUCGGACACGCCCCCUUUUCACCUCUAGAUUGCGACUCCCCGACCCUCCAUUUACUCGGCCUCGUAGACGCAAUCGACAUGCCCGUGGAGAUAAUAAUGAGGAAGAGUAUGGCGAUGAAGAAGAUAAUGGAGGGAACGACUCUGAUUCGUACCUGGGCAGCUACAGCGAAUGGCCUAAUGAGCAGGUCCGGUCAGAGGACGUAGUUAAUGCGUUAGGCAGCUAUAUACCCUUGGAAGAAAUCACGGAUCCAGUUGAUAGGGCUAGGAUCGCUGCUUGUGCAAUGCAGAGGAUUGAUGAGGCAGAUCGCGAACGGAUGCAACGGAUAAGGAGAGAGGGAAUCGAUGAAAGAUGGGCCAGGCGGGCGUUCUAUACAGACGAGGAAGAUGGCGCCAUUGCUCCUGCGGGAUACCGUGACGCGGAGGAUUUCCACGAUGGUGUCGAAGAUAUUCCACAACGAGUACAAGAAGAGUCGCACCCACCUACUCCACGGUCGAGAUCAUCGUCCAAGGUUCGCUUCCAGGAUGACAUCACUGACAAUGAGUACGAGACAAGGUCGAAUCUGUCAACGUCAUCCCGUAGCGUCCCUGUAGCGGAACGCUGGGGUGGAUUCGAGGUCCCUGAAGCAGAAAAGGAUGUCGGAAAGGAGGUUCUAUAUCAGGUUACCCAGCAAGGUCUCAAUGAGCUUCUCGAUCUCAUAUUCAAGCCAAAAGAAAAUCUACUUAUGGAGGCACGCCGGACGAAGGUCGAGAGACAACGAUGGGCGAAGGAGAUCAAUAACUUUACGGCAUCACUCCCUAAAAACCAUUAUCUUCGACAGGGCAUUGAUACCGACAAGCAAACGGAGGAACCCGGUCAAGGAGAAACGGAAGGAAAUGUAAACUCGACAGAACGCCCGAGGGAGGAACCUCUCGGGCAAUUACUAGACGAUGUCGAUCACCCAUCCUCGCGCGGCGGAGGUAUCCCAGGCCACUCCUUAUCCUCUCCAGGCGAAGAAGAUAUCACCGGCCAGCCUGCAAGAGUUUCCGAACGUUAUAAUAUGCUAGAUCCCACCCUCCCUCAAAACCGCCCUAACGACUCAGAUCUGGAACCCUUCCCUCCAGUACCCGAAGGAUUAGGAUAUACUGAAUAUGGAGAGGAGGAAGAAUACGAGGUAGCAGAGAGCGGCCCCACGCCUCCUGACCCAACCCUUCCUCAAAACCGGCCUGACAGAGCGGCGUCAGGUCGCAGCCUCCAUAUAACUGAAGUCUCCAGUUCCACCACCCUUCCUUACGAACACUCAGUAUUCGAGCAAUCGCCCGUCUAUGAAUCCGCCUCCACCUCCACCUCUGUAUCUGCCCAACAGCGGCCACAACAGCAGCAGCAAUCCCUCUCGCGGCCCCGUUCCACACCAUCCAGAAACCAGUCCCUCCCUCUCCGCCUCCGGUUUCAUCAAUCUGCCUCCUCGUCUCCACGCCGACAACAACUCACUUCUACUGCUGGCGAUGUCGACCGUUCCCAUUCCUCCGUCUCCCUCUUUUCCCCACCGUCGCCAUCCUCCUCGUCCUCCCUGGACGAAACUAACACGCAACCCAACCCGCCUUCACCUCCACUUCCACCAUCCCCAAAAACGCUCGCGCGGUGGAGCAGGCUUAACCAAGUUGAGCGGGAAGCAAAGGCACGUGGUGGAUCGGGGGCCAAGUUGAAUUUUGAUGAGUUUGUGAUGAGGAUGCAAGGUGAGAGGGGCCGGCGGUUGGGAUUUGUAGCGAGCUGGAUUGACAUGACCAGCUUUUAG